AUGUCUUAUUUCCGGAUAACACUCAUGCGCUCCGGCAUCGGUAUGCCCGAGAAGACGCAAGGAGUGCUCAAGGCGCUCGGUCUCCGCAAACGCAUGACGACUGUCUACCACCCCGUUACACAAUCUGUCGCUGGUCAGAUCAUGAGGAUAAAGGAAUUGGUCGAUGUCAAGGAGGUCAAGAACCCAAUGACGAAGGACCAAAUGCGCGCUGCGAGGAGACCGGAUCCGGGGUACUACAUCGAGCAGAGGGCGGGCGAGGCUAUGGGGGCGUACGAAUAG